AUGGAGGGUCUCCCAGAGCCACUGCUUGGAGAGAUCGUCAAGAGGAUUACCAAGACAAGUGAUCUUAAUUCUCUUUCCCUCGUGUCGAAGCAGCUCUCCACCAUCGAGGCGGAGCACAGGGUUGCUAUCCGUGUUGGCUGUGGACUCAAUCCUUCAACAGAAGCCUUGGUAUCGCUGUUUUCCCGGUUCCCCAAUUUGGCAAAAGUAGAGAUCAAUUACUCUGGGUCGAAGUCCAGUAACGUGGACCAGUUGAACAACCAAGGCCUACUUGUUUUAUCAUCUCACUGCUCCUUGCUGUCCGAUCUUGCUUUAAGCUUCUGCUCAAACAUCGAUGACACUGGUCUAGGUUAUCUAGCUGAGUGCAAAAAAUUGAGGUCCCUCAGGCUGAACCAUGCACCAGCAGUCACUUCUACUGGGAUUCUUCGGGUGGCGGUUGGUUGCAGGUAUCUUUCGGUUCUCCACCUUGUUGACUGUACAGCAGUAGACAGCGGGGAGUGGCUGGAGUACCUUAGGAGGUAUGGAUCACUGGGGGAACUUGUUGUAAAGGAUUGCGAUGGUAUCAGCCAGUAUGACCUCUUAAAGUUUGGCCCAGGAUGGUUGAAUCUCCAAAAGUUUGAGUUCGAGAUUAAUGGAAAUUACUGGGUGCCAGGGGCCCGUGAUCCCUCCUACGUGUCUGGCUACCCAUAUAGCUAUGACAUCUGCUGUGAUAAUCUGAAGGAUCUUAGGCUGGCUCAUAUAAUAACUGAGCCAGAAAUUGGACUUCGUUUUCUCUUGGGGAAGUGCAAAGCAUUGGAGACACUUUACCUGGAGUAUGUUAUUGGUCUAAAUGAGAAUGAGAUGAUUGCACUAUUCCAGAGGUGCAGCAACCUUAAAACCAUCUCACUUCGUCUCAUGCCUCUGCGAUGUGAAGAUGGUGAGUUUAGGACGCCAUUGACUGAUGCUAGCCUUAAGGCUCUAGCUCUUAGCUGCCCUAUGCUUCAGGUUAUUGAGCUCACCUUCACAUUUUGCGAUCCCAUUUAUCCUACUGAAAUAGGCUUCACACAAGAGGGUAUUGUAACGCUCAUCCAAUCAUGUCCGAUUCGUGCUCUUGUUCUAAAUGGUGCCAGCAUUUUUUAUGACGAGGGGAUGAAGGGCCUCUCAUCCUCACAGUUUCUGGAGAAGCUCGAGCUCGUGGAUUGCAGGUCUAUAACUGAUGCUGGUAUGAACUUGAUUAUACAGGCUCCUCGCUUGAGCAGUCUCACGCUCCGCAAAUGUAAGAGAGUGACAGAUGAUGGAAUGGCUGCCUUGGCACGUGCACAGAAGCUGGAGUGGCUGACCGUUAUAAGCUGCCGCCGGAUCUCUCAGGAAGGCGCGCAGAGAGCUGCCAAAUCAGUUCAUUACUCUGCGGAGGCUGAAAGCCAUGACAGCCUAAAAGGAAUGAUCGCCAAAAGUAGGGCUGGAAUUCGAGCCGAGUCGAGCAAGCUCGGCUCGACUCGCUAG